CCGCUCGCUUGGCUGGCUGGCUGAUGCUUCGGAUCUCAGCUUUCCAGCUCCGACAAGUAAGCGCCUUCUUCCACACCCAUCUUCUCAUUUUACUUUUCCCCAUUUCCAUCUUUGCCUUCGAUUUCACCUCCUCCGACAAUGUCGUCGUCGUUUAUGCAAUUCCCCAUCACCAUCUUCUUCGCUUAGGAGAUUUCAAUUUUCAUUCAUUCAUCCAUUGAUCGAUCGAUCGAUCGAAUUACCCACCAACCCAGGUAACAACAGGAACGAACAGUACUCUCUAAUCUUGCAAUCAUGUUUGACAAAAUUAUGAAACGUGGGCAAAAGAAAGUUGCCAAAGCCGAACCAAUCGAACCACCCGGCAAUCCAAAUUCCGCACUAGGUGUCACCGUUAACCACGCUUCUCGUACCGGUCUCUCUUCAGGCUCCCAGUCGCCGAUUCCAACUCCGACCACUCUCUCCAUUCCAAGUACCGGCGUCGUCGAGGUCCUACCCUUGUUGAAAGACGUACCCGCGACCGAACGCCACGUCCUCUUCAUCAAAAAGCUUCAAAUCUGCUGUCUCUCAUUCGAUUUCUCAGACACAAUGAAGUCCGCCCGUGAGAAGGAAAUCAAAAGACAAGCCCUCACCGAAAUUAUCGAUUUGGUUCAAUCUGGAUCGUUUAAGUUAAACGAAACCCUUCAAGAAGAGUUAAUCAGGAUGAUUUCGGCUAACGUUUUCAGAAGUAUGCCACCUGCAGCUCACGAAAACACUGGAACUGAGGUUGCGGAUCCUGAAGAAGAUGAAGUUUAUUUGGAACCAACAUGGCCACACUUGCAACUUGUCUAUGAAUUACUCCUCAGAUACAUAGUUUCACCAGAUAUGGACACUAAAGUUGCAAAGAAAUUCAUUGAUCAUUCUUUCAUAUUAAAAGUGAUUGACUUAUUCGAUUCGGAAGAUCCCCGAGAGAGGGAGUAUUUGAAGAUGGUUCUCCAUCGAGUCUAUGGAAAGUUUAUGGUUCAUCGUCCCUUCAUUAGGAACGCGAUGAACAAUGUCUUCUACAAGUAUGUUUUCGAAACAGAUCAGAGGCAUUGCGGGUUGGUAGAGUUGUUGGAGAUAAUUGGGAGCAUAAUCAAUGGGCUUGCACUUCCAAUGAAAGAAGAACAUAAGUUAUUCCUUGUUCGAGCACUCAUUCCACUUCAUAAGCCUAAAUCUAUCACUUCAUAUCACCACCAAUUAUCGUAUUGCAUCACUCAAUUUGUCGAGAAAGAUUAUAAAUUGGCAGAUGUUGUUAUUAAAGGGCUAUUGAAGUAUUGGCCAAUCACCAACAGUGGGAAAGAGGUUCUCUUUCUUGGAGAAUUAGAAGAAGUUUUGGAAAUUACACAGUCAAUAGAGUUUCAACAUAUCCUUGUACCUCUUUUCAGGCAACUUGGACAUUGCCUCAACAACGCUCAUUUUCAGGUGGCAGAACGUGCGCUAUUCUUGUGGAACAACGAUCACGUAGUGAGCUUGAUUGGGCAAAACCGACAAGUAAUUUUACCCAUAAUCUUUGAAGCACUAGAAAGGAAUAUGGAGGGACAUUGGAACCAGGCGAUUCACGGUCUGUCUGGGAAUGUGAGGAGAAUGUUUUUGGAAAUGGACGGUGAACUGUUCGAAGAGUGCGAUAAACUCUACGCUGAAAAACUAGCUAAAGCUAGUGAUUUGGAGAAAAAACGCGAAUUGACGUGGAAACAACUUGAAGCAGCUGCUGCAGUAAAACCAAAAACUGGUAAAACAAAAGGAAAAACUGGCAAAGGAAAAACAAAACGAUGAUUUAAAGCAUUACAUAAUUUACAUCAGGUUUUGUUGUCAGAACCUAAAUUAUAUAUACUUUUUUUUUGUAGUUAUGAUAUUUCUCUUUGAGAUUAUUAUUGUUAUACAAAUUGAUAACAACUUAUCUUUCAAUCUCUAUAUAUAUAUAAUGGUUCUUGCCUUUAAUAGGCAAUAUUUAAUUAGUAUUC